AUGCGGACGUCCAUGCGGCCGACGUUCCCGGACUGGUCCAGCGACGAUGACGCCGCCGCGACCGACCACCGCGCCCAAGGCCCCUUCACUCCCCCACAGGGGCCAGCGGUGGGGUACGGCAGGCCGGACGAGGCGGACCGGGAGCUCCAGGAGGCGCUUAUGCAGCUACCGAGCCUGGGUGCGCUGAGUGAGUCCGAGACCGGCGACGACGGGGUGCCGGGGGACAGCGCGUCGGACGCCUCGGGGCACGUGGGCCCCACUCUGAUCUUCAGCAAGGUAGACUACGGCACGGGGUCGCUCGACACGGCCAAGCCGCGGCCCGUGGCGCCCCCUGCGGCAACAGGGCGGACGCACGAGGUGCGCGCGGGGGCGGAGCGCGUGCGCGGGAGCCCGCGGCGGCCCGCCGACGGCCCCCGCGCGGGCCGCUUCAGCAACGAGAACUCCGCGCCGUCGUCCCCGCCGGGCUGGACCAUGCGGCCUCCGCGCGCGGCGGCGGGCGCCGGCACGCGCGCGGCGUUUCGGCCGCGUUCGGCGCCCAGCGCCGCUGCAGGCGCUCAACCGCGACGCGCCGGCGGCGGCGGCCGCGCGCGACGUCGCGGAGCCCGCCGCGCCGCCCGUGCGGGUCGUGGCGUCGCACAGCGUGGGGGUGGGCAUGGACGACGACGGUGGCCCGGGCGGCUUCACGGGCGGCGGCGUGACGGUGGACGCGGCGCCGCCGGCGGCGGACAAGCAGCCCGCGGCUGUGUCGCGCGGGACGAGCCCUGCGGAGCCGCCGGCGAGCGACGCGCGGCCGGCGGGUGCAGCGGCGACGCUCGCUGCGGGCGAGGAGGACGCGGGGGGUGGCGCGCGGCUGCUGGAGCGGCGGCAGGGGUUCAGCUUGUCGCUGGAGGAGACGGUCGGGCGGCUGGACCUCGACGGGCUCAUUGCGCGGCUCCAGGCGGGCCAGGUGGACCUGUCGGGGCGCGCACAGUCAACACUCCCCCCCGCGGAGUCGCUCUGGUCGGACGACGACGACGACGCGGCGCGCGACAAGUACGGCGCACGGUACCUCGAGGACGCGGCCGCCGACGGCGCGACGCCCCCACGGAGCCGGGAGGAGGAGGCACAGCAUCGUCGUCGGCAGGAGCGCGACGCGGAGCGCGCGGCGCGGCGGCGGCGGUUCCUGACCGUCGACGGCGUCCUCGAGCGCGUCCUCGGCCAGCCGGGCUUCGCGCGCGUCGGCUCCAAGGCCGGGCCGGCGGACCGCGGCGGCGGCGCUGA